AUGUUGCAGAAGUGGGCGACAGGCGCUUCCGAGUCGCAGUUCAAUGCCCUGGCUGGAGCGUUAGGCGGUCUUACCUCUGGCAUCGUGACGUGUCCGCUCGAUGUCAUCAAGACCAAGCUGCAAGCCCAGGGUGGCUUCAUGACCAUCGCUAAGGGCAGGCAUGUCAGCCACCACAAAGUGUACGAAGGUCUCACGGGCACUGCCCGAGUGAUAUUGAAGGACGAAGGAAUCAGAGGGUUAUAUAGGGGCUUGGGACCCAUUAUUCUCGGCUAUCUCCCCACGUGGGCGGUGUGGUUUACAGUGUACAACAAGAGCAAGAUGUUCCUGGCCGAGAAGGAGUUGGUGCAAAAUCAGAACUUCAUCAAUUUCUGGUCAUCGAUAGUGGCGGGCGCAAGCAGUACCAUCGUCACGAAUCCGAUAUGGGUGAUAAAGACAAGACUCAUGUCGCAGUCUUCUACAGGACAUGGGGCUCCCGUCUCAGCUUUUCCCAGGCCGGGCUCAACACCAACCUCGAGGCCGUCGAUCAACUCCCCUUGGCACUACAACUCAACACUCGAUGCCGCUCGCAAGAUGUACUCCUCAGAAGGAGUUCUCUCAUUCUACUCCGGGCUCUCGCCGGCACUUCUCGGUCUGACUCACGUGGCAGUGCAGUUCCCCGUAUAUGAGUACCUGCGAACAAAAUUUACAGGGCAAGGCAUGGGCGAGAUUGGAAAAGGAGAGAGCGAAAAGCGCCAUUGGCUUGGACUUCUUUCGGCGUCCGUCAUGUCCAAGAUUUUGGCAAGCUCAGCAACAUAUCCCCACGAAGUGAUUCGCACGCGAUUGCAAACACAACGUCGCCCAGCCGCUGGAGUGGAAUACUUCCCAGGGCAUGACCCCAAGAGUGCUUCCGGUGUCAAAGCGGCAGCUGCCGUGCCUAAGUAUAGAGGUGUGCUCAUGACGUUCCGCACCAUACUGCUCGAAGAAGGCUGGAGAGCAUUCUAUGCCGGCAUGGGGGUUAACAUGAUGCGGGCCGUGCCAGCCGCCACGGUCACCAUGAUGACAUAUGAGUUUGUGAUGCAGCAUCUUCACGCAGCCAAGGCAGAAGGGCGGAGGAUAAAGAAUCAGAUGGGAGCGGAUGAAACACGAGACCCCUGA